UUAUAGGCAGCUGGCAGACACAGCUGAAUCCCAGCAACGCCACCGCUUGGUUUCAGGCUCUACAAUUGGAAAGAUUUGCUUCCAGAGGAGAGGUGGCGUGUGGGAGCUGAGAGCGAAAGCCGUCUCUUAUUAGUGAAAACACAGGCCCAGGACAGGCCUGCCUGAGGCUUGCAAUGUCGUCUCCAGAGAUUGCUUCCCUCUCAUGGGGUCACAUGAAAGUCAAAGGCUCCCCCACGGCCUACAAAGACUGUAAGGUGUGGCCCGGAGGCAGCCGUCCCUGGGAUUGGAGAGAGACGGGAACUGAACAUCACCCAGGAGUGCAGCCGGCCGACAUAGAGGAAAUCAUUAGCAAAAGCAUUCAGACGCUGGUUAUUGGCCGGGGUAUGAGUGAGGCCUUGCAGGUUCCCUCCAUCACGCUGGAUUACAUUAAGAGCAAGGGUGUAGAUGUGAAGGUGCUUCAGACGGAGAAGGCUGUUCGGGAAUAUAAUUCUCUGGCCAGUCAGGGAGCUCGGGUGGGGGGCAUCUUUCACUCCACAUGCUAAGGCACAAUACAGUGGGAGUGCCCCAGACACCAAAUUCCAGUCUUAGCCUGUGAGCCCAUUAAACCGUGCGGAAAAUUCGUAAAUCCCGA